AUGUCUGAUGUUGACAUCGACAAACAACACAGUUUGGUCGAUGAGGAUGAAGAUGAUCAAAAGAAGAACGAUGUUGCGAUAGCUCUUUUGUUUCAAUCUGUUCCCGAGACAUUGAUUCUCCAGGUGGGAGAACAAACCGCAUCAAAAAAGAUCUGGAACACCAUCAAGUCGCGACACAUAGGAGCUGAUCGUGUAAGGGAGGCGAGACUUCAGACGUUGAUGACGGAGUUUGAUAGGUUGAAGAUGGAUUAUUCAGAUACGGUCGAUGACUUUGUGGGGAAGAUAUCGGGCCUAUCAUCCAAAGCAACCUCGUUGGAAGAAAACAUAGAAGAAUCCAAGAUGGUCAAGAAGUUCUUGAAGGGUCUUCCGACACACAAGUACAUCCAGAUAGUAGCAUCGCUUGAGAAAGUUCUAGACCUUAAUUCGACGGGUUUCGAGGAUAUAGUUGGAAGACUUAAGGCGUACGAGGAGCGUGUAGGAGAAGAAACUCAGAAAGAAGACCAAGGGAAACUCAUGUUUUCGAACAAUGAAGAGCAUAGUCAGAGGGGCUAUGAGAAUUCUCAUGGUAGAGGAAGAGGACGAAACGGUAGAGGCAGAGGUCGAGGGAACAAUCAAGAAACCAACCUAAACGAGACAGAAGAGGCUGAUGCACUUUAUGUACCCGAGGUGGUGUUCUUGAACGAAGAUAAGAUGCUUCCGAAGAAUCUUGAUAUCGACAAAGGCAAUGCAAGUGUCUGGUAUUUGGAUAAUGGAGCGAGCAAUCACAUGACGGGAAACAAGGAGUUCUUUUCGAGUUUGAAUCUCAACACCAAAGGGAAGGUUAAGUUUGGUGUUGGAUCGUGUGUUGGCAUUGUAGGAAAGGGUGUGAUUACCUUUGUGUGCAAGACUGGAGAGAAGAAGGCACUCAAAGACAUAUAA